GUGAGACACAUCACUCUUGGAGGCCAUAGAACCAGCUCGCCCCCUCCAGAUGAAAAAUGAUCCCUUUGUGAAUGCUUCCAAGCUCAUGUGUUUCCGUUAACUCUCACCCAAGUGCAAGAACCGCCCACCCUCCCACAGGAAGCACUUCUCAUAAAUUGAAAGACAAGAGAACACUCCUUGUUUUCGAAAGACACAAGCUGCCUCUCUUGACUUGGGAACCUGGGGCUUUACCCAGAAAACCAAAAUGCUGAAACCUUUGGGUGGGAUAGCAAGUUAAAGGGAUUGAUCAACAUUAUAAGAGCACCAAGGGGGAGCACUCUUCUUUUGUGUAGCAAAUGAAGGAGAAGGAGAUGGACGAGCAAAGGCAAGAACUUAUGGCAGCAAGAAUGAGCAUCAUAAGAUACGCCCAUGGUUUCAUGGACUCCAUGUCCUUGAAAUGUGUGGUGGAGCUAGGAAUCCCAGACAUCCUUCGUAAGAACGCUAAGCCCAUAACACUCCAAGAACUCGCCGCCGCUCUCCCAUUGCCGGCGGUCGACAUGGGCCGCCUCCAAAGUCUAAUGAGGUUCGCCGUUCACCACAUGGGUCUCUUCACCUUCAACGGCCAGGAUGGCACUUACGGGUUGACUCGUUUCUCGGAGUGUCUACUCCGAGACAGCGAGACUUUCAUGGUUCCCAUGAUACUUGGGACAUUAACCGAUUGGGGAAUGGGAGCUUGGCACAGUCUAAGCAGCAGCAUCCAAGGAGGUCCACCAGCAUUUGAGAGGCACCAUGGAAUGAACAACUGGGACUAUUUAGCGAGUCACCCCGAUAUGAAUCAGUUGUUCAAUGAGUCACAGGAAAGGAACACAAAGGAAAUAUUUCGUGAGAUCUUAAGCAAGUGUGGGUCAUGGCUAUUUGAAGGGAUUGGAUCUAUAGUGGACGUAGGAGGAGGAAAUGGAGCAGCUGCAAAGGAGAUAGUGAAGGAGUUUCCAAGCAUCAAGUGUACCGUGUUUGAUCUUCCACAGGUGAUGAGUAGUAACUCGGAGAAGACGAGUGAAGUGGAAUGGGUUGAAGGAGACAUCUUUAACUCAGUGCCUCGUGCUGACGCCAUCCUUCUCAAGUAUAUACUUCACGAUUGGAAUGAUGAGAAGUGCAUGAAAAUUCUUGAGCAAUGUAAGGAGGCAAUACCAGCAGGAGGAGGAAAGGUAAUCAUAGUUGAAAUGGUGAUGGACAUUAAUAAGGAGAUGGACAUGUACCCAGCGUUACUGUCAGACAUGUUCAUGAUGGUGAGUUUUGGAGGAAAAGAGAGGACAAGAGAAGAAUGGGAGAAGCUCAUUCAUGAUGCAGGGUACAGCAAAUGCAAAAUAACCCCAUUUUCACCUUUGGCUUCUCUAAUUGAGGCUUAUCCUUAGUACAAUCGGAUUUAGAUUCUCUUUCCCUUGCACCAAAA